CAGAGUUUAGGGUUUGCGCUUGAUCGCUGCGGUUGGGGGAAUGAAGAAGGUGCGUCCGGAUCUCUACAUUGGCACCCUCCAAGACGCCCUCGCUUUCUUGUCUGGUGCGAAAUGGGGAGUUACCCAUAUCUUGUCCGUGGCCCCGCUCUGCUUCGCCGACGGCAUGUAUGUGUCUCAAUUUUGCAGCUCAGCACUUUCGGCUCAACAGAAGCAGGCGCUGGGGCGAGUUGCAUGCGAGCUGUCUGCCAAGUGUCCAUGCGCUGACCCAGAUUUGAAGCCAAUCCAGAAGAUCAUUCCCUUGGAGGACAGCAGGGAUCAGAACUUGCUGGAUUAUUUGGAGGACUGCAUAACUUUCAUCGAAGAGGGCGUGCAGAAGGGUAUAGUGCUGGUCCAUUGCAUUGGUGGCUUCUCUCGCAGUGCGGCUGUGGUCACCGCAUACCUUAUGUGGAAGGAGAAGCUGUCAGUUGAGGAUGCAUUGGGGACCUUGAAACAAGCUAGCGAGACAGCCAGCCCAAAUGAUGGAUUCAUGCGCCAGCUACAGGCUUUUCAACUCUCCACCACUGGUCAAACGGAAACUGGCCGGAAAGAGGCUAUCAAGUGCGGGAAAAAGAUCAAGCAGCGGACUGUGGUGAAACCAAAACAACCUGUUGAGCCUGCCACUACAAUGUACCGCUGCAAACUGUGCUCCAGGAUGGUAUCCUUCCAGGAGACUGUGUCGACUUCUUUCUUCCAAGUGAACUGUAACCUUUGUUCUCAACUAGCCACUAGUUUGAAGCCAUAAGCUGCUCCAUUUUCUUUUGGUGGAGUGAUAGAGAAAGAGAUAGUGAAAGUUAGCUCGUCGAAUUCACGUACCAUCCUCUCCUCUUGGAGCAGAUCCCGAGCAUCCUUUGCAGCUGAAAUCUGCAAGCUUCAGAUUUACUAAAUGUGAAUUAGGCAACAAAAACCUAUCUCUAA